AGAUAAUAUUACCUACAUGACUUAUCAGUAUAAAAAAAAUGGAUAACUAAUGAAUUUCAAUAAUCCUUAAAAAAAUAUAAAAACAUUUAUAGUUCUAAUCCUAAAAAAGGUUUACUAUCUAUGUCAUACCUAAAUAGUAGACCAGGAGCAAGACAGAAAAAAAACAUUCUUACAAUAAUAUGCGAUAAACUUCUAAAUUAUAUUAUCUUUAAAUACUUCAAAUAAUUUGUAUUAUUAGUACUUAUUAAAGUUGUACUACUACUUAGAAGUUUUUUUCUUUUUUCAUUCGGUAGCUUGCUUGUUACCUAUGCAAGUAUCAAUGUUUAUAUCCACGUAAUCUACGUUAUAAGUAGCCAUACAUAAAUACAAUCAUUUUUUAUUUUUAUAUAUGUACCUAUAGUAGAAGCAUACGUUAUAGUGAUCGCUUUCAGUAGGUAUCACAAAAAACAAAAAAAAAAAACUUGAAACGAUCAAGCUAUUUAAACAAUAAAUAUUUGAAUCAACCAAAUUACAAUACACGGCUCUUGGACUAUUUUCAUUUCAUACCUAUGUUAAGCCCUGCACUUACUUCAGAUUGCACAACUUCCUGACAAGUAAUACGAUAUUAUUGUUUUCACUGAAUGACGCAAGUUGCGCGACCGCAUCAAUUGGUCUCCGAAAUAUGCUGACUCUAUGGCUAUUGCGUACUGGCGUGACCUCGCCGGAGGCCAACAUGACUGGUUGGGCAUAUGCUUUUUGGAGGUGGUGCAAAAAUUUAAGGUGUUUGAAACCAAAAUGUAAUAACUAUUGUUUUUGCUUCCGAUUUAUAAACAUAAUUAAUCCUACGAACAAAGCUCAUUUUCAUUUUUGUUUUAAAUCAGUACUUGAUACUUAAAUUUAAACACAAGAAAAACUAUAUAAACCUGUAUAUUUAACGAUUUCCCUAAAACUCUUCAGUGCCGAAAUCGUCUUCAGUACCAUCUCGUUACUCUGUGCGUGUUACUCUCUGCGAUCACCUCGCUACUUGUCGCUAGCUUCUCGUCGUAUCCAAGUUCCUGAUAUCGAAAUGUCGGACUCAGAGUUUGAAUAUCCUGGUGUGCCAGUGCCUGUGCAGCUAAGCAAGAAGCAGAAGUCUCCAGCAGGCUCCAAGCGCAAGGCUACGACGAGUUCCAACGAGGCUAGGUCGGACUCAGAGUUAGAAUAUCCUGUGCAGCUGAGCAGGAAGCCGAAGUCUCCAGCGGGCUCCAAGCGCAAGGCGUCGAGUUCCAACGAGGAAGCGGCUAGAUCUACCACUAAGAAGAAGCCGGCUGGAGAUCUCUUCGCAAUUAUUCGCGACGCCGAGAAGGUCGCGAAAACCUGCCCAGAGCAGCAUCAGCUGGGCUCCAGUAUCGUGACGCGAGUUGCCAGCGGUCACGUUCGUCGCGCCGCUCCCACGGAAGGGGAGUUUUAUGUGGAGCUCAAGGUGUAUAACACCGUCGAUGCUGCCAGUACCACCUCACAAGAAAGGUGGAAGAAGGCUCUGGUGACUGUUCGGUUGCAAGCCGAUCAAGACACGCCUCACUGGGAGGCCUUACAAAAAUUCAUGAAGAGUGUAUACACACUCUUCGAAGACACCGAGCCAACAUUUUAUGGCGAAAAAAUAAACAUAAAAUAAUAAUAUAAUAUUAUAAUAAUAAAUAAUAUUUUAUGUUU